ACACAUUUCAGUGGGUGGACGCUCUUCCGGAAGCUGUCAGCUGUGAAACACCGCAUCAACAGAAAUGAGUUUUGAGUGGCCCUGGCAGUACAAUUUCCCACCGUUUUUCACGCUACAGCCCAAUGUUGACACUAGACAGAAGCAGCUGGCAGCAUGGUGUUCCCUCGCUCUCUCGUAUUGCCGGCAUCACAAGCUGUACACCCUGGACGUCUUGGAAGCCCAAGAAAGUCCUGUGUUCAACAACAAGAAGAUAGAACGAAAACUCUCGAUGGAAGCAAUUCAAGUUGUGUUUGAGGAACUGAGAAAAAAAGGCAAUCUUGAAUGGCUGGACAAAAACAAAUCCCGCUGUUUAGUCAUGUGGAGACGACCAGAGGAAUGGGGCAAGCUAAUAUAUCAGUGGAUUUCCAAAAAUGGGAUGGUCAACUCUGUGUUUACCCUGUAUGAGUUGAUCAAUGGUGAUGACACGGAGGGUGAAGAAUUCCAUGGUCUUGAGGAAUGGAUGCUUCUGCGCUCGUUGCAAGCUUUACAAACGGAAGGCAAAGCAGAAGUCUUCAGCAUGGAUGAUGGGAAAGGAGUCAAAUUCUUCUGAGAAAGUGCUGGAAUCACACACACACUCUGUCUGGGAGAAUGCCCUCGUACUGUAUCUUACAGGCAAAUUUUAAUAUUUAGCCAUUUAAGGCUAUAAAAGGUUGCACCUCAGUGCCCGGCCUGGAGGAUGCUGGUCCAGUAAAUGUUGCCUUUUGCUUUGCCCCAAUUUCAUAGCCUUUACUUCUUGGGAAAUAUAGCAGUUGAAGUGACAUCUUACAUCAUGUUUGAAGUUGUCACAGGUAACAUUUGUUGCCAUUUAAACAUGCAAUGAGUAUAUCAGGGGACUAAAUACUAUUAUUUCUAAAUACUUUGGGGAAAACCUUUCCCCAGCAACUGUAACUUUACUCUUUAUAUUUUGUAAAUAAAAUAGGUUUUAUUCCAUUUUUUCCCUCAUAGUUAUUUGGUACAAUGAGCUUGGUUAUUCCUUCUGUUCUGUUCCAACCAGACUCUCAAACAAUCUCAAACAAAUCCCAGAACACAACACCAGAGGAGCUUUUUAUUUUGAGAAUAAAUGCUUCCAGAAGAGGAACACCACCAUGGAGACUCAAACCAGUAAUCCUGGUUUGAUCCAACGGAGUGAAAUACUAGUGGACUUCAUGUACACAUUGCUGUCAUUUUAUUAUUGUGCAGUAACUACUGUGACACUCCUGUUAUUCUCUUUCUCUGUAUUCAACUUUUUUUCAUAUCAUGUAGGAAAAUAAAUUAGACAUUUGCUAAA